GAGGGAGAGGAAAUGAUCUGCAAAGCAAAGCAAAGCAAAGCAAAGACAUGAUCUGCAAACGCCAUUAACGCACACAAACACAAAUUCAGUGAAUUCCAUAUACUCUCUCACAUUUUUCACCCAUCAAAUAUCUCCACAACAAUCCUCUUCUCUCUCUCUCUCAUCGAUGGCCCCGUUGGUCCAAACCAAUUUCCAUCCCCAUCAAAUCCGUAAAUCAACCAAACGAAAUCCUUCCAUCUCUCUCUCUCUUCCCUCAAUCCCCCCUCUGUUUUUCGUUUUCUUCUAGGUUAACUUCUUCUUCAAUCCCUCCAUUCUCUCUUCUCUUUCUCCCAUCCUUUCCAUUUCCUCUCUUUCAAUCGGAUCAACAAACCUCCAAAACCGGAGGCGCGCGGUUUGUUCCAGACACCGAUGAUCGGAAUCAAUCAUACAGGUCUCUUGCAGGAUUACGCAGAGCUGCACAAUGAAACAGAAGCCACGAAGGAGAAACUGUUGAUCUUGAAGCAGAAAAAGUUGACCCUUUUGGCUGAAGUUCGCUUUUUGAGGCAUAAAUAUGAACUCUUGAAGAACCACCCUGAAACUCAACCAAAGCUUGGUUUCAAGCUGCCACAGAACCUUAAAAUCCGACCUCCCGUCUCAAAGAAAGAAAAUCGUUCUCAAAAAAGAGAAGCUCGUAACUUAAACCGAAGGGGAGGAAUCUCCGAUGGGACGGAAGCCACCACUCGAAAAGCUCGGUUGGUUUGCGACGUAAACCAGAAGUCAAGGAUGUGCAGCAAGAAGGAAAUGAAUGUACUCCAUUAUUUUCCUGUUGUUAGCCAGAAAGAGAGAGUAUACAGAGCACAUGAAGUUGCUACCAAUACGAACAUGACCCCGGUGUUCGAUCUUAACCAGAUCUCGAGGGAGGAAGAAGAAUUGCAGGCGGGUUUCGAACCACUAAGAACGGCGGACGACGACGAGCUGAAGAAUAUCUGUUCGAGAAGCGAAGUCGAUGCGAAGAACAGUGACUUGAUGGUGUCGUCGAUGUGUAGGAAUGUUGGCAAUGGAUCAAACAGAGCAGGAAAAAGGAAGAUCUCAUGGCAAGACCGAGUGGCAUUAAGAGCUUGAAAUUCUCUCAUCAUUUGCCUAUGUGGGCAAACUGGGCUUCCUUAAAAUUCCAUUGUUAUUAUUAUUUUAUAUAGUUCUCUCACUCGGCUCGAGAAAAUUAUGACCCUAUAACGUUUGUCAAUAGAAAGUUCGAUAAGGUUCUUAGGAACGACUUUCUAAGUGCUUAAGAAGAGUUUUUAAGUAUUAGAAAGAAACUCUUAAGCACGUGGAAAGUCAUUCCGAAUGUACCUUAUUUUUGAAGUAUAUCUAACGUCGCAAGUUUGGGUUAUCAUCAAAAUUGUGAUCUUAAUGAUGUGUAAAUUACGAUUUUUUUCA